AUGUUUAGUGUAAGGAGAAGAAACGUUGAAAAACGAAAUUCUCGAGGUGAAAUUGUGAAGAAAGAAGAAGUGUUUAUGAUGACCAGAAAGUUCCAUCAUUCAACCGAAGCACCCCCAAAAAUAAGCCACAGGAGCCCUACUUUCUCUCCUCCUCCUUCCAACCCUAAAAAGAGGUUUCCACUGUCCAAUCCUCAGAGACUAAGCGAGCCACUUCAGGAAAGACAAAACCCUCUAGGGUUUGAUUUGUCCAAUCCUCCGAGACAAAACUUUGGCGAGAGAUGUGGGAGAAGACAAAGUCAUCCAGUGUUUGGCAUGAACGACUUCGAUAGGGAAAAGCUUCAAGGGCAUCAACUGAGCAAGUAUAAUAAAGAAGAAAUAGAAUAUCUCUUGUCUGGGCUUUUGAGAAGACAACAAGACCACGUCAAAGACUCCUAUAUGCAAAGCUACAGAGGACGUCAACAAACCCAACAAUACUCAGGGUAUCAGUUGGAGCCUGCGAAAAAUCAAGGUGGCUAUAAUGCUAGGGGUUUUGAUGAGGAGGGUACUGAUGUUGAGGAUUCAAAUGCCGAGGAUUCAUAUGCUGAGGAGGAUUCAAAUAAUGAAGAUUCAGAUGCUGAGGAUUCAAAUAAUGAGGAUUCAGAUGCUGAGGAUUCAAAGAAUGAAGAUUCAGAUGAUGAAGAUUCACAUGUUGAAGAUUCAGAUGCUGAGGAUUCAGAUGACGAGCCACCAAGGUCAUUCCUCGCGGAUCCUAAUCGAAGAAUGCGUAAUUUGUCCACGUGGGGGCAAGACAGAAGAAACUUGGCAUAUAAUGUUCGUAGUUUUAUGGGCUAA